GACGGACAGCGCCACCAGCCAAUGCGCCUCUCGAUGGGCUCCGGGAGGGCCAAUGGGAGACAGAGGAGGGCGGAAGGUUCCCCGCCCCCACUCCUAGGCUUGGUUGAGCCGUGCAGAUAUCUUCUUGAAACAAAACAUUUUCUUCCACCUGCUGAUACUUGGUGACUGAGGGAUUACUAAGACUCCCUUCUUGCUCAUUUUUGAGUAUUGGCUGAACUAUUCCUGACACUAUGAAUGCUAUUCGGAUGCCUCUUAAGUCUGUUCUCUGGGGAGGCAGAAAGGGGCCGUGGAGCUGGCCUCGGCACCGGGAGAGGCUGGACUUCCUGUCUCUCUGUGCUGAAUGGCUGCGAUGGCGCCCGCUCUCACUGACGCAGCAGCUGAAGCACACCAUAUCCGGUUCAAACUGGCUCCCCCAUCAUCCACUUUGUCCCCUGGCAGUGCCGAAAACAACGGCAACGCCAACAUCCUUAUUGCUGCCAACGGAACCAAAAGAAAAGCCAUUGCUGCAGAGGAUCCCAGUCUAGACUUCCGAAAUAAUCCUAAGGAAGAUUUGGGAAAGCUGCAACCCUUGGUGGCAUCUUAUCUCUGCUCCGAUGUAACACCUGUUUCCUCGAAGGAAUCGUUGAAAUUGCAAGGUGUCUUCAGCAAGCAGACAGUCCUUAAAUCUCACCCUUUCUUAUCUCAGUCCUAUGAACUCCGAGCUGAGCUGUUGGGGAGACAGCCAGUUUUGGAGUUUUCCUUAGAAAAUCUUAGAACCAUGAAUACCAGUGGUCAGACAGCUCUGCCACAAGCACCUGUAAAUGGGUUGGCUAAGAAAUUGACUAAAAGUUCAACACAUUCUGAUCAUGACAAUUCCAGUUCCCUCAAUGGGGGAAAACGAACUCUUACUUCAUCUUCUCAGGGGGGUGAAAUGGUGGCAUCUGAAUCAGCGGACUUGAAGGGGGGUAUGACCAAUUGCACUCUUCCACAUAGAAGCCUUGAUGUAGAACACACAACUAUAUUUAGCAAUAAUAGCACUGCAAACAAAUCUUCUGUAAAUUCCAUGGAACAGCCAGCACUUCAAGGAAGCAGUAGAUUAUCACCUGGCACAGACUCCAGUUCUAAUUUGGGGGGCGUCAAGUUAGAGGGUAAAAAGUCGCCCUUGUCUUCCAUUCUUUUUAGUGCUUUAGAUUCUGACACAAGGAUAACAGCUUUACUACGGCGGCAGGCUGAUAUUGAAAACCGUGCCCGCAGAUUACAGAAGCGCUUACAGGUUGUGCAAGCCAAGCAGGUGGAAAGGCACAUUCAGCAUCAGCUGGGUGGAUUUUUAGAGAAAACUUUGAGCAAACUGCCAAACUUGGAAUCCUUGAGGCCCCGAAGCCAGUUGAUGCUGACUCGAAAGGCUGAGGCUGCAUUGAGAAAAGCUGCCAGUGACACCACCACUUCAGAAGGACUUAGCAACUUCCUGAAAAGUGAUUCCAUUUCAGAAGAAUUGGAGAGAUUUACAGCUAGUGGUAUAGCCAGCUUGAGGUGCAGUGAACAAGCAUUUGAUUCAGAUGUCACUGACAGUAGUUCAGGAGGAGAAUCUGAUAUUGAAGAGGAAGAACUGACCAGAGCGGAUCCUGGGCAGCGCCACAUACCUCUGAGGCGCAGGUCAGAAUGGAGAUGGGCUGCAGACCGCGCGGCUAUUGUCAGCCGUUGGAACUGGCUUCAGGCUCAUGUUUCAGACUUGGAAUAUCGAAUUCGGCAGCAAACAGAUAUUUACAAACAGAUACGUGCUAAUAAGGGGUUGGUAGUUCUUGGAGAGGUGCCUCCUCCAGAGAAUGCAACAGCAGACUUAGUUCUUAGUUCUGAGGUGAAGACAGAUCAUGGGAAUGAUAAAUUUACUGAGUCUGUUUCUCAGCCACUGGAAAACCAUGGUGCCUCUGGUCAUCCUUCAGAGUCAUUAUCUACCAAAUCAUAUGGAGCAUUGAGACCUGUCAAUGGAGUUAUUAACACUCUGCAGCCUGUCUUGGCAGAUCACAUUCCAGGUGACAACUCUGAUGCUGAGGAACAAUUACAUAAAAAACAACGACUGAAUCUAGUUUCUUCAUCAACUGAUGGCACCUGUGUGGCAGCCCGAACACGUCCUGUGCUAAGCUGCAAGAAACGGAGGCUUGUUCGACCCAACAGCAUUGUUCCUCUUUCCAAGAAGGUUCAUCGCAAUAGCCCGAUGCGCUCUGGCUGUGAUGUGAAUCCCUUCUGUGCACUGUGUGGCUCAGGCAGUGCCAACACCAUGCCUCCAGAAAUCCACUACGAAGCCCCUCUGUUGGAACGCCUUUCCCAAUUGGACUCUUGUGUUCACCCAGUUCUGGCAUUUCCAGAUGAUGUUCCCACAAGCCUGCACUUCCAGAGCAUGCUGAAAUCUCAGUGGCAGAAUAAACCUUUUGACAAAAUCAAACCUCCCAAAAAAUUUUCAUUUAAGCACAGAACACCCAUACCAGGCAGUCUGCCAGAUCCAACUCGUAAAGACAGGCACAAGUUGGUCAACUCCUUCCUAACAACAGCCAAGCUGUCCCAACACCAAACCCGGCCUGACAGGACCCACAGGCAGCACUUAGACGAUGUGGGGUCUGUGCCUGUGGUGGAGCGAGUGACAGCGCCCAAAGCAGAGCGCUUGCCCAACCCACCACCACUUGUGCAUGACCCAAACCACAGCAAAAUGAGAUUGCGAGACCAUUCAUCUGAGAGAAGUGAAGUGUUGAAGCAUCACACAGACUUGAGCAGUUCGAGCUACUUGGCAGCCUCCCACCAUUCACCGCACAGUCCUUUGGUGCGACAGCUCUCCACCUCAUCAGACACCUCUGCGUCCACCAGCUCCAGCCCACAGGUUACAGCCAGCACAUCUCAGCCAAUAAGGAGGAGAAGGGGCGAGAGCUCAUUUGACAUUAACAACAUUGUCAUCCCAAUGUCUGUUGCUGCAACAACCCGUGUAGAGAAACUGCAAUACAAGGAAAUCCUUACUCCCAGCUGGCGGGAGGUCGAUCUUCGGUCUCUGAAGGGGAAUCCUGACGAAGAGAACGAGGAGAUCGAGGACUUGUCUGAUGCAGCCUUCGCCGCCCUGCAUGCCAAAUGUGAGGAGAUGGAGAGGGCUAGGUGGCUGUGGACCACAAGCGUGCCACCCCAGCGGCGGGGCAGCAGGUCUUACAGGUCAUCAGACGGCCGGACAACCCCCCAGCUGGGCAGUGCCAACCCCUCCACCCCUCAACCCCCCUCUCCUGAUGUCAGUAGUAGCCACUCUUUGUUGGAGUUCUCCCACGGUCAGUCCCCUAGGAGCCCCAUCAGCCCAGAAGUGCACUCGGCCCCCCUCACCCCUGUGGCACGGGACACUCUGCGACACCUAGCCAGUGACGACACCCGUUGUUCCACGCCAGAGCUGGGGCUGGACGAGCAGUCUGUCCAGCCAUGGGAGCGGCGAACCUUCCCCCUGGCAUACAGUCCCCAGGCAGAGUGUGAGGACCAACUGGAUGCGCAGGAACGGGCGGCUCGCUGCACUCGGCGCACCUCAGGCAGCAAGACUGGUCGAGAGACAGAGCUGGCGCCCACCUCACCGCCCGUGGUCCCCCUCAAGAGUCGGCAUCUAGCAGCAGCAGUCACAGCUCAGCGUCCAACUCACAGAUGAGCGGGAUACGAGAAUCUAAAGACUCACUAACUAUUGGCAUUAAAGCUUCAGAAAUCUCUGCGUUUGAUAUUCAAACAUCAUAUGCCGGAAAUUUUCACAGUUUUUAGUGAAUUUAAGGAAUUUAGAUUCUACUUUUUUUUUUUUUUUUUUUUCCCCCUCAUUUUGAUUUUUGUUUUGUUUUGGUUUUGGUUUCCAUGUUUUGUUGUCACACGCCUGAGCACUUCCUCCAGCUGGCAAACAGAAGGCCAGGAUAAGCCCUGCCGCCUGGUCCUGGCACAUCCUCUGCACUGUUGAAUCACUGGACUUAGCGAUGUUUGAUGACCACCGCUCCCUCACACCUGUGGGCAGGGUGGGACAGCCAAGUGGGCAGAAGGAAUGGAAAGCUCAAGCUCAGUUUUGCCACCUUAGGUCAGGGGGGAGAGCAGCUCGCUCUGGGCUCUCGCCUCCCCCCCGGUGGCUUGGCUCAGCACCGCCCUCCUGGCUGGGUCUCCCGUGGCCAUCUGUGCCGGGGCACCGGCCACAGCCUCUUCUCCCUAACCGCCAGCGAGAGGGACUUCCCUGUCGUCCAGGUCGCGGAGACUGGUGUGGGUUUCCUCUGCAUUUGGGCAUCUCUGUUUGACUCCUAAACUGCAGUUAACCUGGCUGCGGCUGCUCAGGUCCCCGUCCUGCCCCUUCUGCCCUCCUGUCUGCUGCCCCAUGCCAUAUUCAUACCCACGCACACCAGUUCUUCCACUCGGGCUUUUUUACCCUGUCAUGUCCCAUGAAGCUAGAGUUAGGACUACUUAACCUCUGUUCCCACCUCUGCAAACUAGAGGUUGGGAAGUGAGCAGCCAUUUCUCCUGUGUGAUUCUGUUUUCUUCGGCUGAUUCAGCCAGUCGUUUCCUUCCCCCUCCAGUUCCCUGUCAGUGUCAAUUCAGCCCUUCCUCUCUUAAGUUUCCCUUUCCUGUGGAACAUUGUCUGGUCCCAGCUGUGGUUCCCAUCACUCCCCCGUGAUCACUCCCUGGUUGUUAACCUUGUGCCUGUCUCAUGUAUGAUCACAUUACCAAAAGGGGCAAUAAGGACUUUUUUUUUUCUCCCCAUUUUGUAAUCAUAUAAAAAUAGUAAGCAAGCUGCUUAAUGGUUGGGGUUUUUUCACAAUUUUCAACAUUAGUGAUUCUUUUUGAUUCUGUUUGCAAGUUUAAGGGUUUGUCAUUGUUUCUUUAAAAAAACAAUAAUGCACCAUAUCCCUAUGCAUAAAGUGCUUCUUCUAUUUAUAAGGUUGAAAAUUCUGAAUAACCCUUUUAGCAUUGUAAAAAAAAAAAAAAAAACAACAACAAAAAAACAAAAACAAAAAUGGAAAAAAAAAAAACACCUUGUAUUUUGUAAAUAUUUUCUUUUUCUGCUUUGAGCUGUGUAUUGGCAGCGAAACAUGUAGCUGUCUUUGUUCUAUAGAAAUGCUUUUCUUCAGAGAAGCUGAUCUUUGUUAAUGUCUUGAUUCUGUUCGCAAAGCACAGACUAGUGCUUAAAAAAAAAAAGGAAGGAAAAAGUGAAAAAAAUAAUAAAAAAAAGUUACAGAA